CGCAGCGGCCGGGAGCCGGCGGGCCGCGGCCGGCCUGAGCGCUGCCCGCCGAGCCGCGGGACCCUUCCUCCAUCCCUGCCGACGGGGAGCCGUGUCCCCUGCCCCGUGCCGGCCCGGCGAGGCCUCCCGCGGCAGCUGGAGGGUGUUCUGUGAGCCUGCCGUUGUUGACUUUCACGCUGUGUGCUGACCUCUGAACAAAGGUGCUGCUGGAAAGGUCCGUGGUGUUUUCAUUCAGUCCGCCUCUGGUACAACACAGCUCCCUCUGAGGCUGCACGUGUACUUGAGAACGUUGUUGUUCCUGGGAAAAGCAGCUGAUGAGUAUUUUUCCUUCACCAGACUGUGAUCAGAGGGUGCAAAGAGACGGUGCCAUCAUGUGAGUGUGCAGCAGCUCCGUGCGAGCCAGGACGCCUGGGAGGGCUGAGCUGGAGCUGCCUGUGCACAGGAUGACAGACUGAUCGGCUGUUGGAGCCUCGGGAAGCCCUGCUCCUCCAAAAGACUUUCCUGAGUGAGAGGGGAGGAACAGGAGGAAGCGCACAGCAGAGCGAUGGGAAUUGAGGGCCAUGGUUACCUGAGAUAAAUGGCAGAUCCCUGGGAGUCUGGCCUUGUAGCUGUUUGCUUUAGCUUUGCCUCUCUCUGCAGCUGCUCUUUCCUUUUCGUGAGCCACCUCUGGGUCCUGCCAGGGUGGCACUGGAGGUGGCAGGAGCGCCGUGGGUGCGGGGCGUGAGGAGGGGGUGGGCAGCCCGCCUCACCAUGAUUCAGCUGUGGAAAGUGGUGCGGCACGUGCGACAGCUGGAGCUCCACAGGUUGAUCCUGCUGCUCAUCGCCUUCAGCCUCAUCUCCAUGGGCAUCCUGGCUUACUACGUCACCAACAGCCCCAAAAUCAAGGAGCCGCCGCCGCUGCCGUUCAGCGACUGCAGCAGCCAGCACCGCGUCCUGGUCCCGCCGCAAGCCAGCUGGAGGCUCACCAAGUCCGUGGACACCUCGCGCACCGACCCCGUGGUGCUCGUCUUCGUGGAGAGCAUUUACUCCCAGCUGGGGCAGGAAAUAGUGGCCAUCCUGGAAUCCAGCCGCUUCAAAUACAGGACAGAGAUCGCCCCUGGCAAAGGGGAUAUGCCCACGCUGACAGACAAAGACAGGGGCCGCUACGCCCUUAUCAUCUAUGAGAACAUCCUCAAAUAUGUGAACCUGGACGCUUGGAACCGGGAGCUGCUGGACAAAUACUGUGUGGAGUACGGGGUGGGCAUUAUAGGCUUCUUCAAAGCCAACGAGAACAGCCUGCUCAGUGCUCAGCUCAAGGGCUUUCCCCUUUUCCUACAUUCCAACCUGGGGCUGCGGGACUACCACAUCAACCCCAGCGCUCCCCUGCUCUACGUCACGCGGGCUAACGAGGUGGAGCAGGGUCCCCUGCCAGGGGACGACUGGACCGUGUUCCAGUCAAACCACAGCACCUACGAGCCGGUGCUGUUGGCCAGCACCAAGUCCUCGGAGUCCAUUCCUCACCUGACCACGCACAAAGCCCUGCACGCCACGGUGGUGCAGGACCUGGGGCUGCACGAUGGCAUCCAGAGGGUUCUCUUCGGCAAUAACCUCAACUUCUGGCUGCACAAGCUCAUCUUCGUGGACGCCAUCGCCUACCUGACUGGGAAGCGCCUCUGCCUCACGCUCGACCGCUACGUCCUCGUUGACAUCGAUGAUAUCUUUGUGGGGAAGGAGGGCACUCGCAUGAAAGUGUCUGACGUAGAGGCUUUGCUGAGCACCCAGAAUAAGCUGAGAACUUUAGUCCCAAAUUUCACCUUCAAUCUGGGCUUUUCAGGGAAAUUCUACCACACAGGUACAGAUGAGGAAGAUGAAGGGGAUGACAUGCUGCUCAAACACAGGAAGGAGUUCUGGUGGUUCCCUCACAUGUGGAGUCACAUGCAGCCUCAUCUUUUCCACAAUGUCACUGUGCUGGCAGAGCAGAUGAAGCUCAACAAACAGUUUGCUGUGGAGCACGGGAUUCCCACAGACCUGGGCUAUGCCGUUGCCCCCCACCACUCUGGGGUUUACCCUGUGCACACACAGCUCUAUGAGGCCUGGAAGGCCGUUUGGAACAUCCAAGUGACGAGCACAGAGGAGUACCCCCACCUGCGGCCCGCGCGGUACCGCCGCGGCUUCAUCCACAGCGGCAUCAUGGUUCUGCCCAGACAGACCUGUGGGCUUUUUACUCACACCAUCUUCUACAACGAGUAUCCCGGCGGCUCGAAGGAGUUGGACAAGAGCAUCCGUGGUGGUGAACUCUUCCUGACGGUGCUCCUGAACCCAAUCAGCAUCUUCAUGACCCACCUGUCCAACUACGGCAACGACCGCCUGGGGCUGUACACCUUCGAGAGCCUGGUGAAGUUCGUGCAGUGCUGGACCAACCUGCGCCUGCAGACGCUGCCCCCUGUGCAGCUGGCCAAGAAGUACUUUGAGAUCUUCCCCCAGGAGAAGAACCCUUUGUGGCAGAACCCCUGUGAUGAUAAGAGGCACAAGGACAUCUGGUCCAAAGAGAAAACGUGCGAUCGACUCCCCAAGUUCCUCAUCGUGGGACCUCAGAAAACUGGCACCACAGCUGUGCACUUCUUCCUGAGCAUGCACCCAGCUGUCACCAGCAACUUCCCAAGCCCAGCCACCUUCGAGGAGAUCCAGUUUUUUAAUGGUCCCAACUACCACAAAGGAAUCGACUGGUACAUGGAAUUCUUCCCCAUCCCCUCCAACGCCAGCACAGACUUCAUGUUUGAGAAGAGUGCCAAUUACUUUGACACAGAGGUGGUACCGAAACGUGGGGCGGCCCUGCUGCCUCGAGCCAAAAUCAUUACUGUCCUCAUCAACCCUGCCGACCGAGCCUAUUCCUGGUACCAGCACCAGCGUGCUCACAACGACCCCGUGGCCCUCAACCACAGCUUCCAGCAGGUGCUGUCUGCAGCAGCCCAGGCGCCCCCUGCGCUGCGGGCGCUGCGGAGCCGCUGCCUGCUGCCCGGCUGCUACGCCACGCACCUCGAGCGCUGGCUCAGCUACUACCCAGCCGCACAGAUUCUCAUUGUGGAUGGCCAGGAGCUGAGACACAACCCUGCCUCUGUCAUGGACAACAUCCAGAAGUUCUUGGGAGUCACACCACUCUUCAACUACACUCAGGCCCUCAGAUUUGAUGAAGCAAAAGGAUUCUGGUGCCAGCUGCUGGAAGGAGGGAAGACCAAAUGCCUGGGAAAGAGUAAGGGAAGGAAAUACCCCGACAUGGAUUCCUCAUCACGCCUGUUCCUGAGGGACUUCUACCGGGAGCACAACCUGGAGUUAUCCAAGCUGCUGAGCAGGCUGGGGCAGCCCCUGCCCUCCUGGCUGCGGGAGGAGCUGCAGAACUCCAGCUGGAGCUGAGCCUGCCCCAGUGCCACCGGGCUGUGGGGCUCCAGCACCUCCUGCCGUGCCACCUCUUGCCCAGCCACAACCAGGGGACAGAGGAGCCAGGAGCAGAGCAAGUGCAGGUGCAGCCUGGCCCCAGCCUUGGGAAGGGGCUGCUGCCUCUGCCUGCCCUGGGCCACCGAGGGCCAGGCUCCUUGAGUAUUAAUGGUGUGUUCCACGUGACUUUGACUUGCAGGAAGAUUUGGAGAGAGCGUGGUCAGUGCUUCAUGGGUAAAUUGCUCUUCUCACUAUCUGACACUGGCAGCAGCUGCAGGGUUCAUGUGUAACAAGAGGUGAGCUGAGGAGCCCACUGCUGAGAAAAGAGCCAGCAGCAGCUUACAUAAAGGGGAAUCUAGUCCAGUGGCCCCCAGCUUUCAUGCAGGAGGCUGUGUGGCAGCAGCAAUGGCCAGGAGCACCCCCUUCCUCCCCAGCCAGGGGCCAGGGGCCAUGCUCCUUCCUUCCAGUGCCACCCUGUGGGUAACAGAGGUGAGGUUGCCUGUCCUUACCUGCAGCACUGGUGUGAUGCAGCACCCAGUGCCUUGGUGCAGCAGACAAGGGGAGAUGAGGCCACGCUGCAGCUGUUGCCACACAGAAUCGAUUUGCUGUCUGAGGGAAAAGGUUGGCACCUGUGACAACGUGGCAGGUAUUGCUCUGCUGGGACUUUGGCCACGUCAAAAGAUAACCAAGGAGCAGUGUGUCCCUUAGAGCACGGUGGAGGCAGGUGUUGGUGCAGCACAGCAGCAGGGGGGACUGGAAGAUCAGGCAGAUCCAGCUGCAAGCAGACACUUCAGGUCCCCAGGAGGGGGGGAAAAAAGCCCCAUUUUUCUCUUUGCAGCAGCUCCAGGCCCCCUAGGCCUGUGCUGGUAGCUGUGCUGAUAGCUGGCACCUCUUUCAGUCCCCUUGCAGCCCAACAAGCCCAGGAGAAAGGCAAAAACACCAGUUAACAGUAAGUAUCCUUCAGCUGCAUAGCGAGGGCUCAGAGGCUGAGGUGGUUUCCCAUGUUCCAAAGGAGCAGUUUUGUUUCUGCUUGAGCUUCACCUCUGCAGCUGCUGCAGAAUUCUCCCCAGAGGAGCUGGCUGGAGGGGACCAUGGUCCUUCCUCCCCCCUGGGCAUAGCUGGGGCUGGGAGGGUGCUGCAGCUCCAGAGAACAGAGGGGCAGAUGGUGGGAACUCUGCAGGGUUGUGUCCCCUGCAGCGAGCGGUGGCUCCAGCCAAGCUUCUCCCUUGAGCCUUAGGUAUGGUGUAUUUUGGAAUGAAUGGUGCAUUUACCAUUGUAUGUAAAUGUAUAUAGUAUGCAAUAUAGUAUUUUAUUUCCUGUGGCCCUGGAAAGGGUUAUUUUUGUGCAGCCAACAAAGAGAAAGGCCAGAAAGACUAGAAGCCCCUCUCUCACUGCUGUUGGAGAGAUGAGCCCGACUUCCUGCACUGGAUUCCUGUACAGCAUCAUUCACAUUGAAUGAUAAGAAAUUCUUGGCUCUCAAAGCUGAGCACAAGUGUCUGAAUAAAGGCUAGAAGUAGCAGCAAGUGGAGAUUCAAUAAA